AUGACCCGGCAGAGCAAACACGUUUUGUCUCUGAGAGGAACCGCCACCUGCAGCCUUCAGCGCGGUAUUGAAGAGCUGUCACCUCUCAUGGCGACGGUGGAACAGGCCGUGGCCAGGCUAAAGCACACUCAUCACUGGGACGUCCUGAAUAACACGCCGGGACUGAACCAGUGGCUCUGUCACACGGGGCUUCAAUCUGGAGGGCAGGUCUCUGAGCUCUGCCGGGUCUAUUGCUUUCCCCGUCGCACCAGAAAACGCAAAGGUGUCUUCCUCUGUUAA